AUGCAGGCGACACACUUGUGCCUCAGAGUUGGACACCUUCUCCCCUACUCCAUGUCAGAUUCCAACACAACCGACUUCACUAACCCCUCCACCUUUAUCCUGCUGGGCAUUCCUGGCCUGGAGACGUUCCAUGUCUGGAUCUCCAUCCCCUUCUGCACCAUGUACACCAUAGCCAUCUUGGGGAACUUGACUAUCCUGUUCAUUGUAAAGACGGAGCAGAGCCUCCAUGGGCCCAUGUACUAUUUCCUCUGCAUGCUGGCCAUCAGCGACCUGGUCUUGUCCACAUCCACCAUUCCCAAAAUGCUGAGUAACUUCUGGUUCAAUUCCAGGGAGAUAGAUUUCAGUGUCUGCCUCACCCAGAUGUAUUUCAUUCACUGCUUCUCAGUGAUGGAAUCUGGGAUCUUUGUGGCCUUGGCUUUGGAUCGCUAUGUGGCCAUCUGUGAUCCUCUGAGACAUUCCACCACCCUCACAAAUUCUGUUGUGGCCAAGAUUGGCCUGGCCGUGGUGCUGCGUGCCGGCAUACUUACAUUGCCCUAUCCGUUCCUAGUGAGGCAGUGGCCAUAUUGCAGAACCAACAUCAUCCCCCACUCCUACUGUGAUCACAUAGCUGUGGUGAAGCUGGCCUGCGCUGAUACCCAGAUCAAUAGUUACUAUGGCCUCUUUGUGCUCUUCUCUGUGGUCGGUCUGGAUGUGCCUUUUAUCACCAUGUCCUAUAUCCAAAUCCUCAGGGCCAUCUUCAGCCUUCCCACAAAGGACGCCCAGCUCAAGACUUUUGCAACCUGCAGCUCCCACCUUUGUUGCAUAUUAUCUUCGUAUAGUCCAGUAUUCUUCUCUGCCCUCGUUCACCGGUUUGGCCACAAAGUGCCCCUCCCUGUCCUUGUUCUCACUGCCAAUGUGUACCUUCUGGUGCCCCCCUUGCUUCACCCCAUCAUCUAUGGGAUGAGGACAAAACAGAUCCGGGACAGGCUGCUCCGGUUCUUUACUCGUAAAGGGACCUAA